GCGAGCGGCCGCGCCCCCCGCGCUGCCAACCCGCGAGCCCGCAUCAUGGAUGUCGAGCUCUCCUAUUUCGCAUUGCUAGCCCUGGAAUUCGAGACCCCAGACGAGGACCAGGAUUCAUGAAUCAGUCGCAGGGGCCGGGGCAGGGGCCUCUGGCUCCCGACACUGGCCGAGAGGUGAUGAGUGAGGUUCGAAGAACGGAAGAUUUAAAAAGCAACCGGGGCCUCCGUAUUGAAUGAAAGACCCAGUGCAAAGACAUCACCAUGAACACGAGCAUUCCUUAUCAGCAGAAUCCUUAUAAUCCACGGGGCAGCUCCAAUGUCAUCCAGUGCUACCGCUGUGGAGACACCUGCAAAGGGGAAGUGGUCCGUGUGCACAACAACCACUUCCACAUCAGAUGCUUCACCUGUCAAGUAUGUGGCUGUGGCCUGGCCCAGUCAGGCUUCUUCUUCAAGAACCAGGAGUACAUCUGCACCCAGGACUACCAGCAACUCUAUGGCACCCGCUGUGACAGCUGCCGGGACUUCAUCACAGGCGAAGUCAUCUCGGCCCUGGGCCGCACCUACCACCCCAAGUGCUUCGUGUGCAGCUUGUGCAGGAAGCCUUUCCCCAUUGGAGACAAGGUGACCUUCAGCGGUAAAGAAUGUGUGUGCCAAACGUGCUCGCAGUCCAUGGCCAGCAGUAAGCCCAUCAAGAUUCGUGGACCAAGCCACUGUGCCGGGUGCAAGGAGGAGAUCAAGCAUGGCCAGUCACUCCUGGCUCUGGACAAGCAGUGGCACGUCAGCUGCUUCAAGUGCCAGACCUGCAGCGUCAUCCUCACCGGGGAGUACAUCAGCAAGGAUGGUGUUCCAUACUGCGAGUCUGACUACCACGCCCAGUUUGGCAUUAAAUGUGAGACUUGUGACCGAUACAUCAGUGGCAGAGUCUUGGAGGCAGGAGGGAAGCACUACCACCCAACCUGUGCCAGGUGUGUACGCUGCCACCAGAUGUUCACCGAAGGAGAGGAGAUGUACCUCACAGGUACUGAGGUUUGGCACCCCAAAAAAAGUGGCCGGAGCUCUCCAUACCAUAGCCAGUUAGAUGUGAGGUCUCCACUCAACCUCUUACCAGGCUCCAGGCACUUUCACAUCCCAGCUGGAGACAGUAACAUCUACCGGAAACCCCGAUCUACAAACGGUGAUUUGUCUACAGCAACCAAGAGCAAAACAAGUGAAGACAUCAGCCAGACCUCCAAGUACAGUCCCGCCUACUCACCAGACCCCUACUAUGCUUCGGAGUCUGAGUACUGGACCUACCACGGGUCCCCCAAAGUGCCCCGAGCCAGAAGGUUCUCAUCUGGAGGAGAGGAGGAUGAUUUUGACCGCAGCAUGCACAAGCUCCAAAGUGGAAUCGGCCGGCUGAUUCUGAAGGAAGAGAUGAAGGCCCGGUCGAGCUCCUAUGCAGACCCCUGGACCCCUCCCCGGAGCUCCACCAGCAGCCGGGAAGCCCUGCACACAGCUGGCUAUGAGAUGUCCCUCAAUGGCUCCCCUCGGUCGCACUACCUGGCUGACAGUGAUCCUCUCAUCUCCAAAUCUGCCUCCCUGCCUGCCUACCGAAGAAAUGGGCUGCACAGGACGCCCAGCGCAGACCUCUUCCACUACGACAGCAUGAACGCAGUCAACUGGGGCAUGCGAGAGUACAAGAUCUACCCUUAUGAACUGCUGCUGGUGACUACAAGAGGAAGAAACCGUCUGCCCAAGGAUGUAGACAGGACCCGUUUAGAGCGCCACCUGUCCCAGGAAGAGUUCUACCAAGUCUUUGGCAUGACCAUCUCUGAGUUUGACCGGCUGGCCCUCUGGAAGAGGAAUGAACUGAAGAAGCAAGCCCGGCUGUUCUAGGCAGAGGCUCUAUAAAUAUAUAUGCAUUUAUAUAAAGAUAUAUGUAAAAUCUCUCUACUGAAGCUCGGUAUAAUCCUCUCUUGUGUAAUGGGACACACUGCCUGCCAUGAGACUUGCUUUUCUGUACUGUCAGGCAAGCCCACGUCAUCGAGAUAUUUUUAUGCUCCUUACUUUCUCUUUUCUAAGUGCUGUGGGAUCUGGGAAGGGAUUUGAGGGGACUCUGUCCUUUUAUUGGGGAUCCUUUUUAUACUGAAACAUCUGUCCUAACUUGAGUGCCCCAAGGUCCAACUCUCUUUCCUAAAGAAGGUGCCUGAAAAAGUCUCUCUUCUCUCUGCUUCGUGGCCCCUUUCUUAAAUUUCUAGGGCUGAUGCUGACCAUGAGGUUUCCACACCUUAUUGGCCCCAGAGGGGCCCUCCCAUGGGAAGAUCUGCAGCAAUCUCCCCAAAUCAAUGAGCGCCUUUGAGCGCCCACGAAGAACUUUCUCAACACCCCCAAUUAGGAGCUCCGUGCUCUCUGGGGGCAAUGCAGUUAAAAGUGUGAGUCUCAAAUAUAGUUAUUACACCAGUCAACAGAAGUGGACAGGGCCUAGGCCUCUCCUCAGCUCCCUAACCCUCCUCCUUCUGCCCUGGAUUGUAACCUCUCCCUUGUCCAAAUCUAGGAUUCAUGGUAGGAAAAGGAAAAGGCCCUUCCCUUCCCUCCACCACUUCCAACUGGCCCCUUUGCCUGACCUGGACUUGGAGAACCAGAGGAAAGGAGAGGGAGCGGAAGUGGGAGACAGAGCAGGGCACCUGUUAGAAUCAGAGCUGCAGGAUUUCUUGGGACCCUCCUCUCUCCCUCACUGCUCCCAGCACCUCCUGACCCUUCCCCCUUUCAAGGAGAGGCCCAUGAUUGCAGCUUGUAUUCUUUAGCCUUAUUACAAUCUAUGUGCCUGACAACUCAACACACCGCAGGGCUAAUGUUCCCACCAGAGCUCCAACUGAACAACCAGAGAGACAACUCUCACCGCCCUCCAGAGAGAAAAUAGGCCAUGUCCCAAAGAAAGGUUCUUGGUCUAUGCCUCUGGUCUGUGGGCUGGCAGGGCAACCAUAACAUACCCCCACCAGUUCUCGGCUCCUGCUGCAAAGUUGGCCAUGUUUCACAGGGAAACUUUUGGAAGAGUGGCUGCUUAUGAGAUUCCAAAAUGAAGUGUUGGCCAACAUCGCUCAUGGCCAUCCCGGAUUUCCCCGGUGGCUUCCUUUCCUGCCUGCUCGCCUCCCUGAACAGGGGAGAAAACUUAACCUCUCUUCUCCUCUCCAAACCUUUCACCUUGAGUGGGCAAUGUUUGGUGGGGGCUGUUCCUUCUUCGAGAUGCCUUGAGUCAGACCAUUUUGAGAUCAUGGAGGAAGGAUGAAGAAGUGAAAAUGACAAUAAUGACUCUCAAGAGGCUGGUGAUGUGACAUGGCAAAUGUAGAACUGACUUAAAUUGAACAAACCCUCACUGAGCACCUCUGAUGUUGAGCACCUGCUGAAUACUGAGCACUGAAUGGGGGAGGGGGAGGGGAGCACAGGGGUGAGUCAACCUGGGACUUGGUCUCAGGGACAUGCCUACCAAUAGUGGGUAUCGUAAGGCAUGUACCCAAACAUAACAGAUGUAAGGCAGAAAGUGAUCAGAGAAGGAAUGAGAAAGUGUGCGUGAUGUUAAUGAAAAGUCAUAUGCAGUUAGAGCAGAUCAAGGAAAGCUUUCUGAAAGAGAUUGCAUCUGAGGAAAAUUCAGGAAGGAUCUUUGUAGAUUGGGAGGAGAUUCUAAGUUGAAGGGGUGAUAGGGUGAGGGGCCACAGGGAAGUCUGCUGUGUUCUCAUGUAGGAUGUCAGCCCUCCCUGCAACUUCUCUUUUUGGCCAAUGUCUUUUCACUUUCCUGACCCUUUAGAAUCGUCCCCAGCCAGAAGCAAUCAUGGAAGCUGCCUCAUUGUCACUGGUUAAGAACUUGGCGAGAUUGAAGGGCUUUUGUUAUUGUUGUUGGAUAUUUUUGUUUCCCAUAAAAGCACAUCAUUUCAACCCUAAA